AUCACCAAAACAUUUAGUGUUGUACAAGACCAGUGUGGCAAAACGUUUUUCUUGCCACUAACAAUGCACGCCGCCUGUUUGCAUUCUUUCCGCGCAAUUUCGAAGCGUCAAAGUUUUUUGUAAUUUUUUGUAUUAUUCAUAUCAUCGCCAAAAUGCCACUGGCCGGCGUUAUAAUUGAGCUGCGACCAAAUUUGCACAGCGGCUCCGCCGUACUGCGCUUCGCACAAAACAUUCCUAACAAUGAAACGCGUAUCAUCCUUAAAGAACAUAGCGUAAAGGUCUAUGAGACGAGGGAAGAUGGCACCAAGGAGGAGCACCUAAUUAUACACUAUAACGCUUUUGGCAUGGACAUCCAUGGUAUAUCCACAUUUAUAGUAUCUGAGCAGUACAUUAGUUUCCGCUUUAACUACAAUCACAUCGACUUGGAUGGCCUUGACAAGCAGUCGGUGCACGUUUCGGUAAAGCCACUGAUGCUACGAUUCAUCGAGGACGCAUUUCCCAUAACAUUGCACUGCAACAAUUGUUCGGCGGAGCUUGUGACUGCAACCACAUACAAGCGUUUGCGUGAAUUUCCCACCGGCAUCAUCGAACCGGCCGAAUUCUAUUGCCACUUGCCCGUGGGACCAGUUCCGAAGUCGUCGCUGGUGCCAGCGUCGACAGACCUCUUCUAUGGGCUCAACUAUGUUGUGGUGGAGUUACGAGGCUUGCAGAAACGCGUUAAUUUCCACGGCAUUCAUAUCUACUGUGCCCGAUGCUUGCGCAUGCUUGGUCAUCUCAUAUUGCAAGGGUCGGCGGCCCAUUUGUGGGCCGAUGCUCUGCACUGGCGUAAUAACUCGAAGGAGGCACAGCCGCAGUCCCUGUUUCAGCACGAUUCGCUCACACAAUUUAUGCUGCGCAUGCUGUACUGCCUCUGGCGUCCAAUGAUGCCGCAGCUGUGCCUCAUCUCCGGCAAGGCGUUGCUAUGGUGUGCGUUGCCCAAUAAUGAGCGACGCUAUAUGGAGGUGCUUGUGCUUGAUCCCGAGUUGCGCAUCUUGCGUCGCAAUUCGCCAGAUAAUCCCGAUCUACGUGGCUAUCGCGCUUGCAAGCUCUACUUUAAGGUUGUGAACGAGUACGACGAACAGCUGGCACUGUGGAAGUCUCAGAUGAAUGUGCCCAAGCUGGAGAUAUCGCACGUCAUGUUUAUGGCGCUCGUCGGGCGCUUUGAGAAGCACAUGGAGGAGGUGCCGCGCGCGUGGCGCUACAACACAUGGGAGGAGAAAAUGUUGCUCACAUAUUUUGUCUAUGAGAAUGAGGAGGAGGAACAGCUAAUGGCCACCAAUCACAUGAUCGCACAGAAGCUCGAGCAGCUAUCACUUGCCAACCCCCCGACGCCGCCGCCUGCUGCCCGCAAUCUGGCCAGCAACGAUGAUGCGGAGUGCGAUGAUGAGCAUUCGGAUUCGGAUGAGACGGCAAAGGCAAAGUGCUGAAAUUCCUGCCUCUCCUUAAUUUAAUAAUUUAGUUAGUAGUGGAAAAUUGGACACAGACAUGCGUUAGAAUUGUUUUAGUUGUAGUCUUAAAAACCGUCCUGGCUUGAAGUCUUUUGUUGCCUUUUUUUUUGUGAGACCUGCGUGAAACGCGAAAAAGUUUCAAGAUUUGUUUGAAUCUUUAUAUUAUGUAUGUGUUUUAAGAUUUGUUUUUGUUUGAUUAUUUUUAUUGUUUCUUUUUUGAUUAGUUGUAAGAUGGAGAUUGAAAAUCUGUUCAUUUCAUUGUUUGGACAUAUGUUCUUAUAUAUUUUUGUUUUUUAAAUAUUUUUCAAAAUCUAAAUAUGCACUGCAUUGAUUUAAUUCGCAUGUUAAAUUGCAAAUUCCAUGCAUUAGUGCCAUUAACGAUUGCAACAAGUAUUGAGUUAAACAGUGUGUGUAUAUAUAUAUGUAUAUAGACUAUAUGUUUGUAUAUAUGUAAGCACAUCUGAUUAAUUAUAGUUGUAGAGAAGAAGACUGCCUGCUUGUGAUUGAAAAGGACGAUCUCACGCCCGUGUCUUCGAAGCACUUCAAAGUGCCUUUCACCAAUUAUUCGAAUACUUCUCAAAAAAGAAAAAAACUCACACAUUUGUAAUUCCAAUUCGGUAAUCAUAAGAUUUUUCUUGAAGUAUGAAUUUCCUUGUAACUU